CGCGACUAGACCACUGCUUGAACGGUGUUCUACAUCCAAUGGCCAUCAGGUUCGUUCAUUCUGAUUCGUUGUAUCUAUGUACCAAGAGUCGAUCAGCCGUAGUGAACGCCACACUAUACUUGGCGUCGUCCACUCCUCCUUCCCAGAUGAGUGGUUCUUGAUCCUGCACUUGGCCGCCUCAAAUUAUCUAAAGGCGGUUGGAAUCCAUACUGUGUCAGACAGCAGCAUCACUUUUCGAACGACACCGGAGCCUUACUCGGGGAGGGGCAUUGUGCCACUGCUUUCAUGCAUUGAAUCCUUCUUCACCCUUCCUCCUCCUUUCUUGGCCUCGCUUUUCCUGUUACUGAAUUAUACUUUUCGUUUCUGCUGUUAGCUCUCGCCAGAUCGAGUGCAGUCAUACCUGCAGCCAUGGGCAAUAUUGGCAAUCUGAAUCGAGCUUACAAACCUCACAGCAGUCCCAACACCGUUGGUUCCGGCUCUAGCCCGACAGCUAACCGUAUUCAUCUCGACUUGCCCACGUCAAACGGUGAGCCAUCGCCCAUGCUUCGAAGAGCAGCUGGAAGAAUACCAAAUAUUGGUAUUGUAGGGGCUGGCGUAGCCGGUCUACGCUGCGCAGAAGUCCUACUCAAGCAUGGCGCCAAAGUGACCAUCUUCGAAGGGCGGAACCGUGUCGGUGGGCGAUUUUGCCAGGGAACAGUGGGCGAUCAUCUGGUUGAUCUUGGGCCCAAUUGGAUUCAUGGGACGGAUAACAAUCCCAUGCUUGAUCUAGCCAAGGAGACAAAUACUAUCACGAUGAACUGGGAUGGUCGACAGUCCGUCGUCGAUGCUCUGGGCAAGUACCUCUCCGACAAGGAAGCAGCAGAAAACACUGAGAUUGUGUGGUCGAUCAUUGAGCAAGCGAUGAAGCACUCCGACGCAGAGUCUGCGACAAUAGAACCGCAGAAGAGCUUGUACGACUUCUUCGAGGAAGCAGUGCAAAAGCUGUUCGUCGACGAAAAGGAAGUGGACGCCAAAAAGAAGAGACAGACGAUCCUGAAAAUGUCAGAGAUGUGGGGAUCUUUCGUGGGCAGUGAUAUCCAGAAGCAGAGCCUGAAGUUCUUGUGGUUGGAAGAGUGCAUCGAUGGCGAGAAUCUGUUCGUUGCAGGUACUUAUAAGAAGGUGCUCGAGAAGAUCGCCCAGCCGGCUGAAGAGGCAGGUAUCCGAUACAAUACUACUGUGAAGAAGUUGAUCUCAAAGCAGAUUGACGAGGGGAGGGAUCCGUCAGUGGCGGUAGAGUACGAGGAUGCUGAGGGCACACGCCGAGAAAUGUUUGAUGAUGUUGUCAUGACGGCACCCCUGGGCUGGCUGAAAACCAAUCUCGAUGCGUUCGAGCCAGCAUUACCGAAGCGGCUUCAGGAAGGUAUCGCAGCGAUUGGAUACGGUCAUUUAGAUAAGGUCUAUAUCACGUUCCCAACCGCAUUCUGGAACCUCUCAGAUGCUCCUUCAACCACCCCCGCGAGCCGCCCAUCAGCCGCUGCUUCAACCCUCACAAACGUCCCCGCAACAACCGCUCCCGUCCGCCAACUCGGCGCCGCCGACUCCCCAGUCAAUCCCUCGCACUACGCCGGCUUCACAUCCUUCGUCGCGCCCACCUACGCUACCGCCACAAACCCACAACACUGGAGUCAAGAAGCCAUGAAUCUCGCCGCUCUACCCGGCUCGACCGCGCACCCAACACUGCUUUUCUACACACACGGUGCUACAAGCCAACACAUCGCCGAUCUCGUGUCACGAUACCCUGAUGCAGAAGAGCAGAAACGCGCGCUAAUCGCAUGGUUCGAGCCAUACUUCUCGCGGCUGCCAAACUACGAUGCAAAGAAAGAAGAGCAUAAUCCAAGCCAUGUGCUAGCGACAUUGUGGGCAAACGAUGAGCUAGCAGGGUACGGGUCGUACGCGAACUUCCAGGUUGGAUUGGAGCGGGGCAAUGAGGAUGUUGAGGUCAUGAGGCUCGGUGUGCCGGAGAGAGGGAUAUGGUUGGCAGGUGAACAUACGGCGCCUUUUGUCGCGCUGGGGACCGUUACGGGCGCUUGGUGGAGUGGAGAUAACGUUGCGAAUAGGAUUGUUCGGGUAUGGGGACUGGGGGACACGUCUUGACCAUGGCGGUGUUAUGCAUCAUAUAUAUUUGCUAGUCAACAGAAUUCUGCUC